UUCUUAUUCAUUUUUUAUGCUUAUCUCGAUAUCGUAACGAAUUACAAACGCCUACGCGGUCUGUAGACAACACAGACGCCUCAGCUGUAGUUGGUCGUUCUUUUCCUGUUGACUGUUACGGAUUUGCCGUUAUUUUAUUCAGACGUCGCUGGACGGAAAUUGCUUAACUUGCCCAUUUUUCUAAAAACCACAUUAUUCAACACUGGCGUUGAAGGUAAGUGCAAAACGUUUACUUAAUGCUUACACACCAUCGUGUAUAAUAUAUAGGUACAGGGUUCGCGCGGUUCAUUUUUUUCUUCGAUCAAACUAGGGCAGUGUCGUUUUGUGUGCUACUUAAGAAUUGCGGACGUUUCGCCAACACUGUUUCGUAUCCGUGCAAAAAUACGGAUUAGCGAAGUUUUGUCUCCGGAAAUUACUGACUAUAGAAGGCUUCACCCGGUAUUUGCGAUAAACUGCAAAUUUUAGAUGUAACGAGGUCAUUGGGCAUCACAAAUUAAAAUAUCUGAAGUCGUGUUAGGCACCAAACUUUUUAUGCCGUACUAUAUAUAAUAUACACCAUGCAUUUCUUACAUAUCGAAUACAACUAAAUAUAAAUUAUAAAUAGUAAAAAAAAUAUUUCCUAAAAAAUAUUAGGUAUACUCUUAUAAGUUAUUUCUAAAUCAAAUUUGCCUUUAUAUAAAAUAGCAGAUAAAUAACAAUAAUAAUAAUAAUCUAUCUUGUGAAUUAUCACACAAAAUGUGAUAAAUUUUGUUUGCCGGUAAAUCUCACAGGUAAUGCAUAAUGCAUAACCUGAUAUUUCAUUCAACUCUUUCGAAUAGGAGUAAAAAUUUAAUUUAAUUUGUAUAGACAUUAAAAGCCGGACGUCAAAAACAUGAGUCAUAAUAUAUACCUAUAUUAAAUAUAUUAUACAUUUUAAAAAAAUAACUAAUAAUAAUAAAAAAAAAUACUCUGUUAAAUAGUUCACUGAUAAUUAAAUGUAAGGUUUAACAAUACAUAUAAAAAGGCUGAAAGGAGAGUUUAUAUAUAGGCAAUUAAACGUGGGAAAUGCAAUCUAAUUGAGGAUAUUUAUUUAAAAUUUAAUUUAUUGUGUUUAAUUAUUUAAAUUUGACCAACGGUUAAAAAUAAUACCGGAGACAAAAUUUUUGCUAAUGACAGAGAUGAAAUGGUUUAGGCUAACGUCUGUUUACCCUACAUACAUGAUCCUACUCUGCACGCCAUAAUUAAAUUAAUUACAUUAAUCAUAGAACGGAUAUUUAAUUUUGAAUUGUUUAAACUUGCACUCAGGAAUUAUUUUCUUAUGUAUUUUUAUCCAUACCAGGUGAAAACAUAAAAAAAAACCCAAGAUGAUGAAAUUGUUAGUGAUUCUACAAGCCAUUCUUGUUGGUAGUUCUAGCGGUUUUAUUUACAAAGAUAGUAUUGAUUUCGACGAGUUAACAGAUAUUUUUGGUUUAUCAAACUGCAUUGAAGGUAAUUUGCUGUGACCGUUCACUAUGCUAAGCUAAACAUAAUUGAAAAUUGUAUGUGCUCGGUUUUUUUUUAUAUAAAUCAUGGUGCUCAUUAUCGCAUAAAACAGGGUGGCUAUUAUUUGUUUUAUAUAAACCUAAUUAUUUCAGAAUAUUUGUUAAUUUAGUAACAAUUUCUUUCUAUUAAAGUUGUAAUUUAACCUACUUCAAAAUAAAUCAUUUUUAUGAUUAUUAUUCCUUCUUUAUAGAUUCUUUAAUGAAAACCUAAAUAUACUUCUGACCUUAUAACUGUUAACAUCAAUACGUUUUAUUGAUGAUUAUCUGUUGUUUUGGUAUAUCAAUAUCCAGUAUCUAGUAAAUAAAUAACUUAACAACUUAAUUGAUUAAAAUUAGGAGCAGUGAAUACAAGUGGUAUGGUAAAAUAUUUUGUAAUUAACCUUAAAUUACUUUAAUUCUUAUUAUAAUAUAUUAUAGAUUUUUUUUUUAUGGUUAGUUUACAAUUUAUAAUUUUCUUUUAUAUUCAUCUUGAUCCUUAGUCAACCUUUUUAUUGUUCAUGUCUUCUUUGUUGUAAUGAUAUAUGUGGAUUUCUUGGUCUUCCAGCAAAUUUUUAACCUUGUAUUGUUUCUUCAAUUAUUAUGUAAUGCAAUUUUUCUCCACUAUACAAAUUUUCUAUAGGCAUUUCUAUAUUGAAUCUAUUAUAGAUAAUUCUUACUUUCCCAACCUGAGUUAGACUAUCUUUAUUAGUUUUUCUUUAGUUAAUAUUUCAAAAACUAAAGUUCACAUUAAACCCUAUUAAAUUGUAAUUUUAAUACCUAUUCAAAUUUACUUUAGGUUUUAAUAUGAAAGUAAAAUAUGAGAAAAUAAUAAUUUGUAAAAUUUGAACUAAUGUAAGAUUAUAAGAAUUGUGAAGGGUUAGGUUUAUUAAUACUCUACAUUUAAAAUUUUACUAAUCUUUCAAGAGUAAUAUAUACCUACCAGCAAUCUUCAUUACUAAUUUUUUGUUUUUAUAUUAAUAUUAUACUUGUUUAAAACAAUUUAAGUAUUUAAUUUUAAAUUUGAAUGAUCUCUGUUUAUACUAUUAAAACAAUACUUGAUUUUCAUAAUAUAGGCAUGCACUAAAUGGGAUGUGGCAGUAUGCAAUAUUCCAAAAUUUAUUUGCUCCAAUUGGUGUGAAUAAAUUAUCAAAAUUAAUAUACAUUUUUGGUAAUAGUUAUAUUUCUGUGAUUAUAUUAUCAGAUAUAAUAUAAUAGAAGGCAUAUUUAAGGUUUAUCUAUGAUUAUUUACUUAUAUUAGUACUUUCUAAAUGUGGUGUAAUUUUCAAAAUAUUCCAGUACUAGGUAUUUGAAAAGUUUUUCUUUUAUGUGAAUAGACAUUUUUACAAUUUAGUUUUAUCAAGUUUUAAUCAACGCUUAAAGUUUCAAAGUUCAAAUGUAUGUAUAAAUUAGUUAAAAAUAUAAAAAAACUGUAGUUUAUUUUACUUUUAAAUACAAUUUUCAAUUAAAAUUUAUCAAAACGUGAUCAAACCAAACUUGUUUCUGAGUCGUUUUUUUGUUUAUAAUAGUUUAUCAUUUUGUAUAGAUACAAUGGCCCAACUAUAGUAAGAAGUACAUUGACUUUUAAAAAAAAAAUGUUUAAAUUUGUAGCAUCACAUGUAAUUUGUUUAAUCCCUGCCUAGUUAUUGAUUAAUUCAUAUUAUGCCAAAUUCUGUUAUCUUUGGGUACUAAUUUAUUAAGUUAAAAUCUAAAUUUAAAAAGUAAUUGGUAAUAAUUAAGUAUUUGGACAUUUUGCACAUUUAACUUGUAUAUUUUUAUUAUUAUAUAUAAACACGUAUUAUUAGGCGCUUUGCCUUUACAGCCAAGUAUUUACUGUACAAACUAGACAUUGAUAACGUGUAUGGCCACCAAUGAUCCUACUUUUUUAUCUGUUUUGGCAACGUUUUGUUUAUUUUGUUUUGAGUAUCCCAUUGUAUUUGACUAAUUUUUCCAGAAUAUAUAGAAAAAAAAUUGAAUAUUAACAGCUCUACAAAAAUUUAAUGUGUUCAUUAAAUUGGGUGGGACACUAUAUAUAUUACUUCUUGAUUCAAUUUAAGAUAGUUUUUUUUAUAUAUUGAUAUGGAGAAAAGAUAUAUUGGAAUAGUAGUACUUUUAUUAAGUUGUAUGUAUAUAUGUUUCAAUUUAAAAAAAAUAUAUAUUUUUGACACCUUAUUUUUACAAGUUACAUUUCUACUGUAUUCUUCUGAAACAAAGGAAAUUUUACAAUUUACAUAUAAAAUAAAUCAUUUAAGUAUUUAAUACUCCAGUAUAAUUUUGAGUUCAUCUUAAUCACCUAAAAACUAAAAUGCAUUUAAUUAAAAAUUGAAAAUAUUUUAAAAAUAAAAAAGUAUUUCAAAAUGUUUAAUCUGUGACCUAAUAUUAUUAACAUAUUUAAAUUUAAUCAAAUAAAUUAAAUAUGAAAAAACUAUUUUGCUUGGUGUAUUAUUGGUUUCAUUUUGUUAACAAUUUGUUUUAAAUUGUGAAUUUCUAUGUUUGCUUAAUUUUUUUCUUGUUGUGUUAAAAUAAUUGCACUAUGACUAUCAGUUUUUUUUUUUGAAAUGCCUAUUGUAUUUAAUUUAUAAAUGCUAUUUGGUUAUUUUUGCUUUUCUGCUUGUAUUUUUAACUUAUAGUUGGUUUGUUAACAUGUAUAAUUCUAACAAUUAAUGGUUUGUUUUGUAUUAUUACGUUUUUUAAAUUAAACAAUUAUGAUUAAUUAAAUUUUAAUUUAGCAAUGGUUUUAUAAUUAUUAGACAAACUCUAAUAUUCUCUAAACAUCUAGCUAAAGAAUUGAUGUAUAUUAUAACCAUUAUGUUUAAAUAUUUGACUUUAGUGUCAGUUAUAAUGAGUGGAAUUGCUAUUGUUUCAUAUCUUUAUUAAAUAAAGUUUUAGGUCUUGUAUAUAUUUAUACUAUACAAUUUAGGUAUAAUAUAUAUAAUAUAUAUUAUUUAAAUAAGUUUUAGUUUUUACAUAAAAAAAAAUAUAUAAAUCUAUGUUUUAAUAAUUAUAUAGUUUGUAUAUGAAUACUAUAGAUUGAGGUCAUUCAGAUUUACUAUGAUUAUAAUUAUGUGUAAAUGGAAUUGAAAAUGUUGAAAUUUUACAUAUUUUUUACAAUCUGUUAUUUAUGUAGUUAAACAAUGAAAUAUAUUUUUAUGACCUUAUAUUAAAUAUAAUAUUAAAAUAAAUUAUGUAUUUAUACAAAAAUAAACAUACUUUUAUGAUAAAAAAUUACUUUUUGAGUAUGUUAUUUUUUUUUCGUUAAUAAACUAUUAAUAAGCUGUAAUAAACAAAAAUUAUAAACAUAAAGGGAAGGGUAGACUUUUAGGUUGAUGUAUCUCCUCGUAAUGUCUCAUGAUUAAAGGUACAUAAACAAAGACUAAAAAAGAAAUGAAAAUCAAAUAUAUUAUGGGUGUUUUCUACACUGUUGAUACACUUCAUACAGUACUCGUAUACAGCUUAUGGGUAGGUCACUGUUACAGAUGGGAAAGUAGUAUAAAUAUUAAAUGGGGUUAAUUUAAUUUAUAUUAUUUUAUUAAAACAAUUCAAAAUUCAGCUAAUCAAGUAUUAAUAAUCUUAAAUUGAAAAUUCUAACUAAUUUUUAACUUAAAAAUAAAUAACAAUUGUUUUUGGAUCUCUAAAUAUUGAGCAUUUUAAUAAUUUGUAUAGUUUGUCUAUUCUAUAUGGAAAAUAUUUUUAAAAAUGUCAAGAUUUAGAAAAUUUUCAUUAAAAUUAAAACCUAACCUAACUUAACAUAAUGCUUGUAAUAAAAAAAAAAAAAAAAAGUUAACAUUUUAGAAUUAUAAUAUUUUAAUAGUGUCAUAAGAACAAAUUAUGAUAAAUCUUCUACCUAAUUUUUCAUUAUUUUGAGCAGUUAAUAAAAUGUAUUCUCAUAAAAAAUUUUAAAAAAACCAUAACAAUUUUAAAUUUUAUUAUAAGCUCUAAAAUCGGCAGAAUAUUUUGAAAAUUUUACCACAUCUAAGAAGUUAAUAUAAGUGUUCUGUAAAAAUGUCAGGUUUUUACAAUUUACAUAAUCUUUAACUGAAUUAUAAUGAAAUCAAAAACCGAUCUCCGCUAACUAUGUAAAAAUUGCAACCAAAACCACCUCUGAAGUUGAUCAUCAGAAAAAAGUUCCUGGUAGAAAAGUUAUUAAUAGACAUAUCAGAGGAAAACUAAUACAUUUCUUUCUGUGUCUAGAAUUGAAUAUAUUUUAGUUUAUCUAGUUACUUUACUUGAUUUUGUUGUAUGUGAAAAUAUGUACCUUUUGAUGGUCAGUAUUAUUUGAGGUCUGAAAUUGUAAACUCUUGAUAGAGCAACUGCCUAAAUAUGGAUAUCCAAUUACUAGAAUAGUAGGUGUAUUGUACAUAUACUCAAUCUCCGAGAUUUUAUGAAGAUUUUUAAAACUUAAUUUUUUUUAAAUUUUAUUAUUCUUAAAUUGUUUCAUCUUAAAAAUUGAAUACAAUUUAUAUUCACCAUUUUUCAAAAUUUCGAAUUUAAUUAUAAAUAUAAGAUAAAUAUACUCUCAAAUAGUAAGUACAUAACACUAAUAACAUUUUCUACGAUAUUACUAUAAUAUUAUAUAAAUAUUUAAAUUUUAAAUAUAUAUAUAUAUAUAUAUACAUACAUUUAAAAAAACAUUGAUACUACUACAAUCUGAAUGUUCAUAAAUAAUAAACUGUUUGUUGAUAUUAAAAUACUACUAAAAAGACUUAAAACUGCAUAUAAGUAUUAAUUUAUUAUUAUUUACAAAACAAAUUUAUAAUUACUCUUAUAGUUCUAUAGGUAUACAUUCAAUGUGUAUUUUUUUUAUUGUUAAUACAAAUUGCAAUAUAUACAAUAAAUUGUAUUAUUAUUAACUGUUCAUAUUCAUUUUUGUGUUUGUUUUUCAUUAUUCAUUAAUCUUACUUGUAAUAAAAUAUAUAGGUUUUAUUUUAAACCAGUAUUUUUAUUGCAUUAAACUGUUAAUAAAUGUUAUAUAUGUAAUUCAUAAAUUAUGAAUUGUGAUUUAUGUUCUGUGAAUCUGCUUAGGAAAUUUUAAGGAAGAUCUAAUAAUUUUAUAUAUAUAUAUGUAUAUAAUUAUUGAUUCUCAGCAUAAGUUAAAUAAAUUGAACAUCAUUUUUUUUUCAGUUUGUCUAUCAAUUUAAAAAUUGUUACAAUGUUGCAGGCUAUAUUCUGAUGGCUGGUGCAGUAGUUCCAAAUUCUGAUCGAAAUUCAUACUCACAGUCAAAUACACAAUUACAGAAUGAUAUAUCAGCAAACAACAGUGCAUCUAUUGAUAAAGACAAAACACCUAUGUGUUUAGUAAAUGAGUUAGCAAGAUUUAAUAAGGUAUCAAUUGUUUAUGCUAAACACAUACAAAUUUACUAAAUAAUAGUGUAAACCAUAUUGAUGUAUUCUAAACAGAUAAAACAUCAAUACAAAUUAACUAAUGAACAAGGACCACCCCACCAAAAGAAAUUUACUGUUACUUUACAACUAGGAAAUGAAGAAUAUAAUGCAGAUGCAAUGAGUAUUAAAAAAGCACAACAUGCUGCAGCUGCACUUGCCUUAUCAAAAACAAAUUAUAAACAACCACAAACUAAAAUUAAAUUAAAAGCUUCUGGUCAUUAUAGUAAUAUCAAUUAGAAUUUCUUUGAAGAUGUAGAUUAAAAUACUAAGUUUACUUUUAAAUUUUUAUUUUUAGAUAAUAUUACUCCAACAGUAGAAUUAAAUGCUUUAGCUAUGAAACGGGGUGAACAAACUGUUUACACAGUCAUUGAAACGCCACAAUACUUGACACCACCGCCACAACCAAACCCGUUAUAUAAUGGAUUUAGGCCAGAUAUUUAUCCUCACUCGAGAACUUCUACGUAUAAUAAUUUCAAUAAUUUAAUGUAAAGAAAUAUCAUAUUUAAUAGAUUUUUGUAAAUAUAAUUUUAAUAAAAUACUUUUUGUAACAGUAAUAGAAACGGCCAACGAUGUAUGCCAUAUGUACCAAAUUUUUAUAGCCCGCGAUUCUCUGUCCCUCAGGUAUGGAAAGUGAUACUAUGCUUAUAUAUUAUGAACUUAUUUAUUAUUCUUAUUACAUUGUUAUUUUAGAUUCCUCCAAACGGCUAUAUUAAACCUGAAGUAAAAACGGUUGGGUUUUAUAAGGUUAAACUCCAAAUUGGUAAACAUGAAUUUAUGGGAUAUGGGAAUACAAAUCAAGCUGCAAGACAUGAUGCAGCAAUGAAAGCUUUAACUCAGAUAAAAAAUGAAGAAAAAAAUGAAAAUAUUAAAGAAGUUUUAAAAUGUAUGUUUUAAAUUGUAUUGUAUUUAUUUAUCAAAUAUUAUUUCUAAUAAUUCAUUUAUUUUUUGGUGAUAGCGGGUGAUUCAAAAUCAGUAAUUUCACAAGUAUAUGAAGUUGCUCUGAAAAUGAAAUUACCUAUAAAGUUUGAAGUUUUAAAAGAAGAUGGGCUACCUCAUAUGAAAUUGUAUAUUACUAAGUGUACAGUGGGCUCUUAUAAUGUCACUGGCGAAGGAAAUGGGAAAAAAGUAUUCUUUUUUGUGUUCAAUUUAAUUUAAUUUGCAACAGUUAAAAUGUUUGCAUUCAAAUUAUUACUUUAGUAUAAGAUAAAUUGUUAAAAAUAUAUAUAUUAUUAAAUUAAAUACUACUUAAAUAUAUUGUUUUAAUUGUAGCUUUCAAAACGGCGUGCAGCAGAAAAAAUGCUUCAAACUUUAAAAGAAGUUAAUGAAUCUCUUUUAGAAGAAGAGAAUAUCUCUCCAACUUUACCAAUACCACCAAAGAAUCGUUAUAAAAUGCCCAGAAAGAAAAAUAAGAAUCUUAUAAAAGAAACAAAACCAAAUUCUGAGAAUCUUGAACCUAAUGAUGCUACUUACCGAAAGGAAGAUAAUAAUGAUCCAGUUGCAAAACUUUUUAAAAUACAGGCAACAAAAAAAAAAAAGGAGCCCAUAUAUGUUCUUAAAGAAGAUAUUAUACUCUCAAAUCGUAAAAAGGAAUUUACUUUUGAAGUACUAAGAUUCAUAAAAUAAUUUGUGAUUGUAAUUUAUUAUUGAUUGUUUUAAAUUAUCAUGUUAGGUUUCAGUUGGACAGUUUACUGCGUUUGGAAAAGGUCCAAAUAAAAAAGAUGCUAAACGAAAUGCUGCUGAAAAACUCUUAAUAGACAUGGGAUAUGAGAGUGAACUUAAAAGACGUUCCAUUAAAACUAACGAUUUACCUCUGGUAAUUUCUAUUUUAAUUAAUUUUCCGAUUAUUGAAAUAAUCAGAUAACUAGAAUUUGUAUUAUUGGGUAAGUUUAUUUUAUGUAUGUGGAAAGUUAGUUUCAAUGAGAGAUAUUUUUGUUAAUAUGCUUCAAAUUAUCAGUACAUCCAUAGUCUAUUAUAUUCGAAAAAUUAACUAUAAUAAAUAAAUAUAAUAAAAGAGUAGACAACAGAUAUUUAGAAGUCGAAAACGGAAGUUUAGAACAAGGGUGGCUUACCCCAAAUAAUUGGGAUUAAAGCGAAGGGGAAGAUGGUAUAUACUAUAUUAUUAAUUUUUGAUGUAUUAUUUUAAGGUGAGUCAUGAGAAUAAAGCAAAUAUAGAUAGUCCGCGUAAAAAUGGACGACAAAUUGCUCCAGGUGUUUUACUUGUAUCACCUGAAACAUCAACAGCGAAUAAACCUAGUCAAGGAAAUGGUGGUGUUCCUUUGGUGUCUGUUGCAAGUAAUGUGGCAAAUGAUUUCUCUGUCAUCGAUUUUCAGCCUACUAAACAGUUGGACUAUUUUUCACAAAUGUUAGGAUUUAAAAUACAAUAUUCUGAAUUUCCUAAGGUUAGUAUUAAUUAUAAAUGUUCAUGUAAUUGUAUGUAAAUAAUAAUAUAUUACAUCCAUUCUAUAAAAUACAAUCUUUCACGAAAUUGAUUGUGUAAUUGCAAACUUUAUUCUCAUACUGAAAUUGUUGAGGUUCAAUAUAGGAAAUUUACAAAUGUCUUGAGAUUGACACUUUGAAAUAUAUAUUUUGUAAUACUUAUCACAUUAAAUAUUUUGGACACCCAUUGAACUAAUAAUGAAAAAAAUGAAUUAGAUAAUUAUGUUUAUAAUUCAUACUAUUUUGUUCCAUAUUUUAUCAUUGAAAAAUUUAAUAUUAAAUUACUCUAACUAAAAAAUAAAUCAUAAGGUUUAAUAGUUGGCAUUUGUGUCAAUAAUUAUUUUCAUGAAACGUUUUGUAAUCUAUUUGUAGUUUAUUCAUGGUAUUUCCAAAGUUGUGAUUAUCAUCUUAUUGGUACUGUUACUGUAUACCAUAUCUAAAUAUGAUAAUAUUAAUUGUAUAGUUUUAAUAUAAAAUCUACGAAUUUUAGCGCAGAAUUCCAGUAAUUAUGAUAAAAAAAUAACCUUAUAAGUUAUUACUUAUAAGGUAAUAUAAGGUUAUAGUCCUGUUAUACUCUGUAUAUCAGUAUAAUAAUAUCUACUUUUAUUAUGUAUAUUAUGCGAAAUUUAAAAAAAUUGUACAAUUCUUUUGUUAUAAUAGGGGAAUCAUAAUGACUACUUGACGCUUGUUUCAAUAUCAACAACUCCUCCACAAAUUUGUCACGGAUCUGGUUCUACUAGCGAAAUAUCGCGUAAUAAUGUAAAUAUUUAUAAAUAUAAUAUUAUGGAAAAUAAUGUUACUAAAAUGAUUAAGAUGGAUCUGUACUGGUGUACAAAAUAAUAACAAACCUGAUUACAUAAUAAUGUAGAUGUGUUUUCAGGCAUCAAACAUGUUUCCCCAUCUGACAGUACAUAAACGUAUAGUUUUGCGCUCAUGUUUAGAUGUAUUUGUUCAAAAAUAAUCUAUUAUUACACCAUAUUAGACACGGUUUGAAUCAUUUUUAAUUUCUAUGAAUAUAUUGGAAAACUACAGAGAUUAUUACAUUGACAUGGACACAAAAGAGAAAUUUUGUGCGCAAAACUAUAUGAACAAAUAUACUGCAGGGUGGACAAACACAAAAUAUUAACUUAUUUUUUAUUUUAGGCUGCACUUAAUGCAAUCACCUCUUUGAUUAAUAUGAAUAUGCAGAUAAAUCAACAAACUGAACCAACACCUCAAGGACCAGUAAAUGGAUUUUCUAUGCCGCAGAACCAUUACAAUAGUAAUCCUUUAACUAGACUUAGUUAAUAAUUGUCUUCUCAAAUAAAUUAGUUAAGUUUAUUUGUUUAGUUAACUGGUAAAAACGUAGUUUUCUCAAAAAAAAAUUAUUAAAUUUAUUUAUUUAAUAAAAUAUUGAUUUUAGUGAAUUUGUUUGAUGUGAUACAAUGUUGAUAAUGUUGAAAACUUAAACAAUAAUUAUUAUAUAUAACAUGAUAUUUAAAAGUAUUUUUAAAACUACGUUUUGGCCACUUAAGUAAAGAAAAUAAUUAUCACUAUAAGCUUCUUUUUUACAUGUUUAUACAUAAAAUAUAAUUAAUUAUUUAUCACUACCUACUCAACUAAUGUGUAAAAAUGGUUUUUCUUUUUUAUUAUUUGAUCUUUUAUUUUGUUUAGAUUUAUUAAUUCUUUUAUAUUAUUAUUUGUGCUAUUAACUUGAAUCAUACUGAUUCUCGUAUUAGUAUUUUCAUUUGACUUUUAUAACUUUCUAGUAGGUGUAAUGUUCCAAAUACAUAUUAAAAGAAUUUACAUUGUUAUCUUUAUGGUUAUUAAACAUUUUGUCUUAUAUUAGUUGUACUAUUAAUUUCAAAUUACACAAUAUGACAAUAUAGAAUUAAAUUAUUAUUUAUUGUGAUUAUUGUAACUUAUAUUAUAACAAUUGUAAUAGAGACAGUACUGAAACUAGAAACAAAUUUUAUGGAAGAGCAAUAAUAAUUUGUAUUGAUAAUUACAAUCUAUUAUUCUUCAGAAUGACCAAAAAAAGCCAAAAACUUCAAUAACGAAUAAAAAAAAAAUUUUGAAUGGGGGAGAUCUUCUGCACGUACAGCAUCCCUUCCUUCACUUAUGGAACAUUAUGUAGCGGGGUGUCAAGAAACAUGAUAGUGUCUUGCCUAAGUUUCAAGGGGAACUACUGUGACUCUAUAUUAUAUACAACAGAAAUUGGAUUUUUAAAGUACACAAAUAUUAAUAUUUAAAAUCAAAAUUAACCAGAGUUUGAUAAAACUAUCAACAAUGGACUAAACAAUAAAAUAAAAAUUUGGUUGACAAGUUUUAAAUUAUUAUAAUUGAAAUUGUAUGAUUUUUGUAAAUUUUGAUUUUUCAUUAAAAAUAUCCUACUUGGGUGGAAUGCAUAUUUACAUCAGAUAUAAUAAAAAAUAAAUUUAUCUGAAGAGCAUUCUAUAGAUUAGCCCUCUAUAUUAUUAGUGACUUCAGCAACCUUCACUUCCAAG